AUGAAAUUUACAUUGGUACUAUUGCUGGCCAUUGGCCUGGCAAUGGCAUUGGCAGAACCCGAACCCAAACAACAAUUGCCCCGUGGUGUUAUCCACCAAAUCAAGGCUGGUGUUGCCGGACCAAAUCCUUAUAUUUUCUUAACCGUCCCACAUGGUCGUUCUCAAGUGAUCCAGGGUUUUGAAGUUGUUGAGGGUGAUGAUGAUGAUGACGAAGUGGAAAAAAUCUCAAAAAUUGAAAACCACGAUGAAGAAGAGAUGGAGGACGAAGAUGAGGAAGAUAAUGUCGAUGAUGACGAGAUGGAAGAUAACAUGCCACAGCAUGAUGACGAUGAUGAUGAAGAAGAUGAUGAUAUGAUCCUUGAUGUCAUGAAAAAUAUCGACACCAAGACCCAGAUGAUGGUGUCCCGUGAAAAUGCUGGAGCCAUUAUGGUGCCCGAUGAAAUCAUCGAAAUUGAAGGCCAAAGUGUUAUCGACGAAAAGACCGGUAAGCCAGCCAUUCUUUUGCCCCGUUCCAUUUUGGACUCGAUUCCCGAUGGUAGUGUGGUGGCUUUAAUGGAACGCCCUAUUGAGGGCCGCUCGGCUGGAGAAGAACGUGCCAAUCGUGUCAUUGUACGCAGACGUCGCAGGGGUUCCCGCCGCAAUGUCAAGCGUGGCCGUCGUGGCAACCGCCGUAGGGUGGUAAACCGCAGACGUGGUGGCAACCGUAGACGUCGCAAUGGCAACCGCGUGCGUGUUGUACGUGUGAAUGGCAAUCGUCGCCGUGUCAUACGAGGUAAUCGCCGUCGUCGUGUCAUCCGUGUUUAA